AUGACUUCAUCUAUUGAUCAAGCAGAUACUCUGGAAUUAUCAUCAACAAUAUCUAUGAUAACACCAGCUGAAAUUCGAGCUAAUCUUGCUCAAAUACGUUAUCAACGAUGUGUUUUAAUCAAACAUGACAUGUUUCCUCGUUUAAGGGAUGUUCAACUGCUAAUUCAACAUAACUUAAUGGAUAAAUUGAUUAAAGUGCUUGACGGGAAUGAUCAAGACAAAGUAUGGGAGAUACCUGAAGAUGUCGAAAGCCGUCUUUGCUUUCUUGAAAAAGUAGACAACGAUCUUGAUAGUGAAGAUGACGACGACGACGAAGAAGAAGAGCAAGAUAACAAUAACUCGAAUAUGUCAACAACGAAUGCUCAGCCAAAUAAUGCAUCUAAAACAAAUGAUGUAUCAACACAAACUGAUCCUCUUCAUUAA